AUGUCUUCUUCGUCGAAAGAGUCGAACAAAGCGUCUGAAUCAUUGACUCUCCGUGAUAAAGGCCAGUUGGAUGGCAUAAACUGUGGCUCUGGCGAUUCCGUCGCAAACCUAACAAGCAAAGAGGCCUCUAAAUGUUCAUCACCAGAAUCGACAGAUUCGGAGCCAACAUCGUCUUCUGGAUCUUCUGUUGAUUCAGAUUCAGAUUCUAAAGCUGGAGAAAGCUCAGACGAGGAAAAGUCUGACGAUGAUGAACAAAUGGAUGAUCCACCUGGCCCUUCUAUACCUUCGAGACCGUUUUCCAGUCUUCCAAACAACUCAGCCCUACGUGCAAGACUUGCAAGUUUUUUACCAUCUCUAAAGGCGGCGAAUGAAGACCUGGAACGAGAAAUCGCUGCCGGAAAGUCAAUGACCCUUGAGGUGGACAACGAAGAUGACGGGCAGGGUCAGCUUAUUGAAAUGAAUCUUGGUUUAGGCGUGCUUCAAGAAAAGGGAGAAGACAGUGAUGAACAUAGUGAUGCAGGCAGCGAAAGUUCCGAGAGCAUAGACCCGGAAAAAGAACAAAAUGUUAUUGGCAAACUUAUGGGAAAGGAAUCCGACCUGCAAAAGCCGAAAAUCGAAGAUCUAGGGUCUUGA